AUGGCUAUCGAACUCGAGGUGGAGAGCUCGGAAAAAGGCGGUGAGGCGGUGUGCUACGGAUGAAAAUCAGAGGCGAAAAACCCUAAGAUUCUUGAGGAGGCGGCAGAGGAGCAGCAGGAUUCCUGGAAUGGAAAAGGAAGAUAGGCAGAGACGGAGAACAUAAAUAAUCGCAGAGGGACACCAAGCUGGGAAGAGGGAGAGCUGAAGCCAGGAAAGGAAAAGAAGACGUAUACUGUGUUGAGGAAGUGAAAUAAAGGCUGAUAGCAGGAACCAUGGUUGGUGAGAACAACUCCAGUUGCAAAGCAAAAGACAGAAAAAAGAAGAAGAAACGUGGGGGUAGCAAGAAGAAGAUGACAGCUGAGCAGUUUUCUGCUUUCAAAUCAGUGAGUGAAUGGGUUUAUUUGGAUCAGCAGCAUUUAAGUGCUGCUUCUUGUGUUGUGGAUGACUUUGGGGUGCAGAAGAGUCAAGGGAGAGGAGGGGAGAAGUUGGUCUUUGAAUUGCACUGUCAUUCCAAGCACAGUGAUGGUUUCUUGUCCCCGUCAAAGCUUGUGGAGAGAGCACACAUGAAUGGGGUAAAAGUUCUUUCCCUGACAGAUCAUGAUACUAUGUCUGGGAUCCCUGAGGCCAUAGAAGCAGCUCGAAGAUUUGGUAUCAAGAUAGUCCCAGGAGUUGAGAUCAGCACAAUAUUCUCCCCAAGAAAUUCUGACUUAGAGGAACCUGUCCACAUCCUUGCAUAUUAUAGCAGUUGUGGGCCAACAAGGUAUGAGGAGCUGGACAAAUUUUUGGCCAGUAUAAGAGAAGGGCGUUAUCUUCGUGCAAAGGACAUGAUCUCAAAACUCAAUAAGCUCAAACUACCUCUUAAAUGGGAGCAUGUUGCCAAGAUUGCUGGCAAGGGAGUUGCUCCUGGGAGACUGCAUGUUGCUCGAGCUAUGCUAGAGGCAGGCUAUGUAGAGAAUCUGAAACAAGCUUUUUCCAGAUAUUUGUAUGAUGGUGGACCUGCUUAUUCAACGGGAAGCGAGCCUCUAGUAGAAGAAGCAGUAAAGCUUAUUUGUGAAACUGGAGGUUUGGCUGUUCUGGCUCAUCCUUGGGCAUUAAAGAAUCCAGUUCCCAUCAUCAGAAAGUUGAAAGAUGCUGGUCUCCAUGGAAUGGAGGUGUACAGAAGCGAUGGGAGGCUGGCAGUAUACAGUGACUUAGCGGAUACUUACGGUCUUCUCAAGCUAGGGGGAUCAGAUUAUCAUGGGAGAGGUGGGCAUGGUGAGUCUGAACUUGGGAGUGUGAAUCUUCCAGUUUUGGUUUUGCAUGACUUCCUCAAGGUGGCUCGACCCAUCUGGUGUGGUGCAAUUAAGGACAUCCUAGAGCUUUAUAUAAAGGAACCCUCUGAUUCAAAUCUAGCCAGGAUCACAAGCUUCGGGAGGAUAGGGAUUUCUAAAGGAAGUUCUACCCCAAAAUGUGGUAAGGACUUGAUCGAUCGCUCCUUAUCAUUGUGGCUGACAAAUGAAGAAAUGCAGAAUGUUGAUUUUGAAGCCAUCAAAUUGAGACUUUCCCAUAUAUCAAUCAAUCUAGGUGGGGCAAUAGUUCCAGUCGAUGCUAAAUAGUUACUGAUUUUAAUUGAGAUAAAAUCUCUACCGGUUUUAGUUCUUUCCGGCAUGAUCAUUAGAAAAACACUCGCUAUUACCAUUCCUAUCAAGCUCAAAGUUCAAUUAUCUCUUCAUCUUUUUAAUGAAGAGAUAAUUUUUAAUCAUUAUGGAGAAAAAUGCAACAUGGUAGCAUUUGGGGGUAGACACGAAAACAGGACAUGGACUUGGAUUCAAUCUAUAUUAUUGUAUAUCCCUUCUCCAGUAAUUCAUUCUAAGAUGAAACCAUUGCCAUCUCAUACUAAUGUGUCUGUAUGGAAUGAUAUGAUUGUUUAUU